AUGCGCUGGUAUGUUUGGAUCACGCCCAUCCAUUCUUUGUCGCAACCUUACUCGGUUACUUCGUCUAUCUCCAUGUCGGUUGGACCAUCAUUUGGUUCGGAUUCCAUGUCUAGUUGCGACGGGGCUAUCGUCAUGACCGGUUCGGGGACUUCGAUGCUUGGUCGUUCAAUGAAUUCCACCGGAUUGUCACCGAGAGCAGCCGGGAAUGGCAAACCUCACUUAGUAGACGCCGGAAAAGCCAACGGUGGUUUUGUUUCGGUUCAAUAUGCGGGAAAUCCGUCUGCGAGCGAACCGGAUGGAGGUUAUACCGGACCGGUUUUAGCACAGAGUCGCAGUAUACUAAAACCGGUUUCUGGUUUGGAGAGUGAAAAGAAGAUGAAUAGAGAGUUUCACAGUGAAGCGUAA